AUCUCAGUCCCCCUGCGCGUUGCUUCGCCUGCCCGUCCCCAGCCGUCCAGGUAAGCUGGGUCGUCACCUUCUUCGUCCUUUAAACCCCUGCCUGUGCCACCUGCUUGAGUCGCCCAAUAUGGCACCGGCCGUCUCUCUUUGGAUUUACUUCGGUCUGGCGUGCUGCUCGCUCAAAUUACGAGGACGAAGCUGUCAACGAUGCACAGAGCCUAGGUUUUGAUUCGAUUUUGCAUGCUGCACGCUGGACAACAUGACAUGCUUGCAUCGUGAAAUGAGCUACAGCUCACCGAUGGAACAGAGCAACUUCAGGAUCUCAAACUGCAUAAGCAUGAAACUGAACAUCAACAUCAAUGGGGGAAUGGUGUCCAAGCCCAACGAUCGCGAAAGACGUCACUGAACUGAUUGGCAGGACUCCAUUGGUGUACCUGAAUAAAGUGGUGGCUGGGUGCGAGGCUCGGAUAGCUGCCAAGCUUGAGAUCAUGGGGCCCUGCUCCAGUAUCAAGGAUAGGAUUGGUUACAGCAUGAUCGCCGACGCAGAGGAGAAGGGCCUCAUCACUCCUGGAAAGAGUGUUUUGAUCGAGCCUACGGGCGGGAACACGGGCAUCGGGCUGGCCUUCAUGGCGGCCGCCAAGGGCUACAAGCUGAUCGUGACAAUGCCGGCGUCGGUGAGCACGGAGAGGAGGACCGUGCUCAAGGCCUUCGGCGCCGAGGUGGUGCUCACGAACCCUCUCCUCGCCAUGGACGACGUGGUGCGGAGGGCGGAUGAGAUCGCCGCCAGGACGCCCAACUCCUACGUGCUCCAGCAGUUUGAGAACCCCGCGAACCCGAAGGUGCACUACGAGACCACGGGGCCGGAGAUCUGGAGCGCGACUGCCGGCACAGUUGAUAUUCUCGUGGCUGGCAUAGGUACUGGGGGCACCAUUACGGGGGCUGGGAAGUUCCUCAAGGAGAUGAACCCUGACAUCCAGGUGACAGACACGACUGACUUCUGUUCCUUAAUUUUCUUGUUUUUUUUUCUGUGUCUGAUUCGACUGUGGGUUGAUUGUGGUGUUCAUUUUUACCUGAAGAUCUAUGGCGUGGAGCCGUCAGAGAGCGCCGUCUUGUCCGGAGGGAAACCUGGUCCACACAAGAUCCAAGGCCUGGGUGCCGGUUUCGUUCCUGGCGUCCUCGAUGUCAGCAUCCUCGACGAAGUCUUCCCAAUCACAAACGAGGAAGCCGCGAGUAUGGCGAAGCAGAUCGCCCUGAAAGAAGGGCUUCUGGUUGGGAUAUCAUCCGGCGCAACUGCGGCUGCUGCCAUCAGGGUCGCGCGGAGACUGGAGAACAGAGGGAAACUCAUCGUCGUUAUGUUCGCGAGCUUCGGCGAGCGCUACCUGUCGUCGUUCCUCUUCGAGUCCAUUAGAAAUGAGGCUGAAAAUAUGGUCGUCCUCGACCCAUGAAUUAUCACAUUCUCUGUUCUUGGAGACGUGUAGGCACUUGUCUGAUUCAGAAUCUCUCUGAUCAUAGUGGCUUGCUUGUACUUCCUGAACCGGUCCAGUGAGAAUCAGUUUUUUUCUUUCUUUUUCUUCUUCUUUUUAGAUUUGGCACGUACAGUUUUGUCCAAUAAUAUUAGUCAGUUUGUAUCAGCAAAAAUGAACUGUAUUUUUUUGAAGGAACAAAAAUGAACUGUAAAGGUCAGUAUUUCUUAUUUUCUUUUGGAAAAGGCUGUAACGUUAAAAA